AUGUACGCUCCCGGCCGACCGGAGGAAUUUGGUGAAUUCUGGUUGCGCAAGAGACGUGAUUUUGAUCCUGAAGCCUAUCGCAUGAAGUGUUCAUGUAAGCACACUCACGAGGAGCACGAGUGCUACCCCUCGCCCUAUCGCUGUCGAGCCAAGGGCUGCGGUUGCGGUGCCUUCAACUCAGCCUCCGUAUGUGCUGCCUGCGACAUGCACUGGCAGGACCAUAUUACCGUCUUCGAGACCGAACAGGAACGUAAACAGGCUGGCCGGCAAAUACGUGCGUUCCUUACUCCUCUACUGCUGGCCCCCUAAUGUGUACUCUGUCAUAACUCGCCCUUACCUAUAUGCCACGAGUGAUGAGAGCAGACCUUGCCUUUUAAACCAUGAACUUCGUGUACUGAAACGUUUUAAGUAGGCGUUUUUGCGACAUUUUAUCCUGCAUAAAAUUCUUCUCUCACGAUCUAGUAUGUAUAAAGCUGUCGCCUCUGCAACCACGUUUGAGUUGAAGUUUUUGGCUUAAAAAAAGAAGGCCUGAAGAAAUAUUUUUUUCUAGACAUGGUGAACCAUGGAUAACUGAUCAAUCCUACACCUUUACAAUUGCAGACAUUAGCUAGCAUCGAAUUAGAGUCUUAGAAUGUCCGGUCUAAUCCCUUGUCGUUAAGCAUUGAUAAGGAUGCAGCCUUGUUUAAAUGUAUUGUUUCGGCGGGUUUGGACCAGGUGGGCGUGACGCAGACCCAGAUGUCCCAGACUUUUGGUCAUCCAACCAAAACGCCCCCAAAAAACCUGAAAUGGCUGUUGUUUCCCAGUGCCCAUUGUCUUUGUUGGUCUACCUCUGCCAUUGUCUGAUCGUCUUGCAACCUGGUACAUAUGCCAAAAUGGGCAGCCGACGCAAGAUUUCUCAAUGGUCGACAACAUGAAGAUCACUAAAUCACAAGUCAGGGAGAACGGGUUAUGCUGGAAAGCUCUAUUGGUACGACAGAGCGUACAUGAGGUUCAGAAAGCAGUUGUCACAAGCUGUCCCGUCAGGCAAGCUGUGCGUGUCAGUGUCCGCCGUUGACGUUCUUGGCCCUCAGCACGUGUGUACGCCUCUGCUUUGUCUGAGUUGUGUCCGCUUUACAGUCAAUCAGCAAAAGAGCAACGCUGAUUGCUUCGAGCUCUCGCAAUGCUAAUGACAAGCCUCUCGCGGAGAAUCAACGGGCAGCGUGAAAAGGCGCCGGCGAUCAGGGGGACGGGCUAUCGCGGAUAAUCGCUCGUUCGUGACCACCAGUACGGAAUUGAAAGCAUGUCUUGUCUCGUACCAGGUGUAUUCAUAAAUGAAGAAGAAGAAGAAGAAGAGGGGUCGAGUACCGGCACACUUUGGUUAUUGUCCUGAGAUUUCGGACUCGUGCAGGAGUCCAUAGUCAGAGAUAGUAACAGCAACAGAAUAAGCGGCAGUUAUAGGGCAUGUAGGCCAAUCAUCAGACGACGGCGCAAGACUGAAGGUGACUGCGCAGGGCUCUGUACGCCGGCGCCAGAUCGAUAAGUCAAUUGAUCGAGUUCUCAUCCGAGGCCCAGGCUUCAAUCAAUUCUCGGCCUGUUUUGUUUCCGCCGUGGGCGACUAUUUUGGUGGCUGCGAAGUUAAACUCGUGACCCAUUUCGUAGGUGUGGGCGGCCACUUGUGAUAGUGCGGGCUAAUGCUCGUGUAUGCGCGAUCCGAGCAUGCGUCCAGUCUGGCCUGUGUAGUUAGAAGGACAGUUUUGGCACGGGAUGCGAUGCGCUACAUCAGAUUGCUCCUCAGGCUUUAACCGGUGUUUAAUUUUCAUGACCAUAUUUCGCAUGGUGGCUUUAGGACGGUGUGCAAUUCCAACACCUAGCUCCGCAGCCAUGCGCUCGGUCGCUUCCGAAACGUCCUUGAUGUAUGGCAGAUAAUGCCUUAUCGUUGGGGGUGUUGAUGUUUGAUUCCUCUGGUGGCGACAGCGUAGGCAGCGACCUAUGAAUGCCCUCAGAUGGUCAUUUUGCACGGUUGCACAUAUGGUUGCGCGGCUUUUCGUGUGAGAGUACAUAUUUUCACUUACGAGAUCUAAACCGUCUCAGCCACCGUGACUCAUAAACUCUCAACUAAAGGUCAAAGCUGGUAGUCUCCAAAUAAACCACAAGUGACCUGGUACAAUGGUAGGGAGGAAAAGGACUUUACAUAGCAAUUCUUUGUGUCCGAUUUUGCUGUAGUAACCGUGAUUUUUAUUGGCCUCUAAAACUGGCUACCAACCCAGCCGUUCUCUCAGCCUGACAAUAAAAAUGCAGCGCCCCGGGAAACUUAAUAGCGCCUACCAUCGAUAUGCUGUUGAGUUAUAAAGUGUAUGUGGAGUCCAAUGCUCUCAUUCAGGGGUGAGUUAUGGGUAUUUCCCAUAAGUAACUAACCCACGAAAUGCCAAGACUGGAUAUGAGGCAAUUUCUUUCGAAGUGCCUGCUGUCAAUAAUAAGAAAGCGCAUGGGCCGGCAGUAGAAAAGGGCUAAGGUAUAGCAGUGGGCAAACACUUGCUAAAUUGGCCCAAUUAAAGAAGACGCUUGCUGCCUUGAGAAUACUUCCAUUAUUACAGCAAUUCGAUCAGAGUUAUGAUUGGUGUCGCGAAGAAUGCUGGCGGUGCGCGGGCGAACCAAAUUUCUGUUGCUGCACGCUCCCCUGCGGACGACAUGCCUCAACACAUAUUCUAUGACUCUCCUCGAGCGGCUUUGCUCUGUCUCCUAUUCUGACUCAUCCUACCCCAAUGGUAGACACCAGAACAACACAAUAUCCAUGGCAUGCGUUGACCCAUUUUAAACUUGCGACUCGCACAUGGAGUCCCGAAGUUUGGUUUCCCAUUGUGACCUGACUGUACGAGUUGCCGCUUCUGCACUCCAACACCAAGUCAGCUUUGUGGACUAUGUUGACUUUGAGACGAGGAUAAAAGCAGGUUUCAUCGGGAGGGUUCUAAAGCACGACAAGUUCUUUGGCAUAGUCAUGGUACGGAACGAAAAACACAUCGUCCCUAAUCACGUUGGCGACGGUGGUGCGGGUUUUUCAUGUACAAUUUGUUUCAUGAUGGGCUGUAACGAAACUAAAAGAGUCAAUUUAAGUCAGUCUAUUAGGGUAAUAAGACUUUGGCCCGCAGUGUAAACACCUCGCAUGUGCCCUUCAGAUUUGCUGACGUUCGUGGCAAACUACACUCCCUCAUAAGGAGUCAAACCCUUCUAAACACAAUGGCCUUUUCGGUAAUGUUUUUUAUGCUUAUUGGCGUUUAUUUGGCCUAUUUUUAGCUAGCCCAAAAAUUGCAUUACGCCACGCAAAUCAGUAAUAUUAAUCACGCAAUGUUUACAUAGUUUGUACGAUAUACCGUACUUGACAGCAUGGAUACUAGUUAAAAAACCAGACACGUGUUUCGCCGAUAUUCUGCUGCUCUUCGGUUUAUCAGCGAGUCCCCUAGCGUCCCCUGUGCGCAUUCUGGUGAAUACUCCAAUUUUGAAAUCGCAGUUUUUUAAUUUUCUCAGAAAUUAAUCGCUAACUAGGAGUAAAUUGGUCUAUUUGAGACUGAAAUUCGAUAUGAAUAUUCGGGCCAAAGUCCACCAGCCCCGGCGGAAUAACAACGUGAUAUUCCUAGACUUCCAACAGGCAACCAGUUUUAUAUACACAGGUAGGACGAUAUACCAUACUUGACAGCACACGGGGAAUGCUGGGGGAUGCACUGACGAGCCGACCCCUCGCAGCUGCGCCAUUCAGCGGCAGAAUAUCUACGAAACACGCGUGUAUGGGCUUUUUGCUAGUGCGUGUGCUGUUAGUAUGGUAUCACCUUAAUCUAAAGUAUACUACUAGCUGCCUGUCGGCAGUUAAUGAAUAUUACGCGGUUACCCGCUGGGGCUGAUGGACUUUGACCCAAAUAUUCAUGUAUAAAAUUCUCGAUCUGUGCCUAUAGACCUUGAAUAAACUGAUCUACUCCGACUUCGUAGAUAAUUUCUAAGGAAAUUAAAAAGCGACAAAAUCCCCUCAUGUUUGACAACUGUUUAAAGUCUUUUCCGGAUCGGCCUAUUCCCAGGCAGAGGACAUGAUUGACCCGGUUGAGACGAAGAUUUUAAUGCCGCUUGUCUACAGGUGAGGACUGGUUGCCCUUCUCAGAACUGCCAGCCCUCCGGGAUAUUGCGGUCACCGGGGUGGACAACCCAGAUGUGGAGACACUCGCGGAUGCCCUGCCCACCUCGAUGCGGGAGAAACUGGCUCAGUCGAAGGACAGACCAGCCCUGCCACCGAGAUAG